UGUUGCUAUUUUUUUCGGAAAAAAAUGGCAGCCUUUAUGUCGUAAGCUUUUCAUUUCUUUUCUAUUUAAUGAAAAGUUUUUAUUACCGACUAAUUAAAGAUUUAUAAUGUUAUUUGAAGUGACUCAGAUGUUUAUUCCCAUAUUCAAUAAUUAUAAAUAGUUAUCAGGUAUUUUGUUAUGUUAUAGUAGUGAGUACGACGUGGUUGAUAUCUUUCUGAAGCUAAACAUUGCUAGAAUUUUCCUACAUUGAUACUUGGAUUAUAAAUAGGCUGCGUAUGUAAAUGCUGUACGGUGGGACCCAGGAUACAAGUACUUCAAGUGCAGCAUUAGGAAAUAGAGUUAAUAUGAGUGCUGGAAGUGCAGGGCUUGAGCGCGAACUGGCGCAGACGCGGCGUUUGCUGUGGGGAGAUAAUGUCAAGGAGGACGUUUUCAGGCGAUGGGCGCAGGGUUUCCAGUUCAGCACAGAAGAGCCUAGCGCUCUCAUUCAACAAGAAGGCGGACCUUGCGCUGCCAUCGCACCAGUUCAGGGUUUUCUACUGAAGAUUCUAUUAUCGGAAACCCCAGGUCACAGUUUUCAAGACUUGACUUCGGAAAAGUGCAGUUCUUUGCUAGUUAGGGCUGUGUGUACAAUAUUAAGCCAGUGUCUAGCUCCUAAGUAUAAUGUGGCAGUGCACAGGAAGAGUGAGACAGAAGCCGAUGCUAGCGCCAGCCACAGUGUCAGUGUGGAGGAUCAGCCAUGUGAUGCUAUAGAACACUUUCACCGCCGGAUUGAAGUGCACUCUUUCCAGACUUUAUCUGAAGUUGAAGCAUUCUAUACAAGAAACAUUAGAAUUUUGAAAGACAAAUAUGGUGUUCUGUUACUCCUGUAUAGUGUAAUUCUUAGCAAGGGUGUGGCCACAGUGGAGGCUGAACUUGCAGAGCUUUCAGAUCCUUUGAUACACUCGACUUAUGGGUAUGGCUCUCAGGGUCUCAUUAACCUCAUGCUCACAGGACGGGCUGUCGCUCAUGUGUGGGAUCAUGAUCAAGUGGUGGGAGGAUUGCGUCUUCGAGGAAUUGAAAAGCAAAAUGACAUUGGUUUCCUUACGAUUAUGGAACAUAUGCAAUAUUGCACAGUUGGUUCAUUUUACAAAAAUCCUAAGCAUCCAGUGUGGGUUCUAGCGUCUGAGACACAUCUGACAGUGCUGUUUUCUCUUGAAAGAAGACUGGCUGCACCCGAGACUGCAGGAGAAUCAGCAGAGCGCAUAUUCAGGUCAUUUGAUCCAGAAGGCAAUAACUUCAUUCCCUCUGCUGCACUGCAAGAUGUUUUGUGUGCAGCUGAUUUAGUGAGUGAACCUGAAUACGUGGAGCUGAUGAGGAGGAAGUUAGACUCUGAGAACCUGGGUAUAAUACUACUUAGUGCAUUCAUGGAUGAAUUUUUCCCUGGAUGUGAGAGGGGGGCCCCUGAUACUUUCACAUUGCACCACUACAAUGGAUUGUCACGUAGCAACCCGGGCGGGCGCGUCAUCUACCGCACGGGCCGAGCCGCGCUGCUGGAGUGCCCCAUGCGGGCCGCCAGCACCGACCCCAUGCUCACUUGUUUACAAACCAAAUGGCCCAGCAUCGAUGUGGUGUGGGAUGAAGGCCAGUCUCCAUCUCUGAAUUAGCAAGACCAUGAAUGACCUUAUACUCGGGACUCUACUGUGACUGUGAGCAUUGAGACAUACCUUUGAACAUGUUAAUAAUGUCACUGAAAAAUUCCAUUAUUUUAUUGUAUUAACUUAUGUAAAAAUUGUAUCAAAUGUGGAGAAACUCCUGGACAUCCCUCGCACUGGUCUGGACAGCUAUUUUGCAUAGGUUUAGGUUAGUGUUUACCUAAUGUAACAUGUCGAGGGAGGCAUGAUCUCACCUGCUAUUUCUAUGACAUGAAUACAUAUACCUAUUGUAUUAUUUGUUUAACCUGUUAAAACAUAAAGUAUAUAUGUUGGUGUCAAUAUGUCAAAACUUUUGUCUUGAAAAUUAUAAACUACACUCAUCAUGAAUCAGAGAUUGGGUUCAGUUUUGAAUGAGAUCACCAAUGAAUGGCUAUGUUAUAGCCGUGACCACAAACAAUGUGGCUGGAGUGUGACUACACACAUAUUUUUACUAGCAGAAAGUGAGCUAACAUUAUGUACAGUAGUUUAUACUAUUUACGUAUGCUGAGCUGAUGUCCUAAUUUGGUUUACAUAGAUCUUACUCUUUUGCCCAAAAUUUAAGUCUUGUGACAUUUGUAAAUUUGACAAGAGACAUGUUAAAGUAUUGUAAACUAGCUAUGCCUAAAUAAUUUUGUUGUCAUGUGAUGAUUUAGCAAAGGUUGUGCUGUCUUAAGAGCAAUAUUGUGUUACCAAUGCAUUUAAUAAUACAAUUAGCAUGCCUUUUCCGGCUUACAGCAUCCUAGUUAUAGGCCCACUUACAGCUAAAGAUUAUACAAUGGUCACAAUUUUAGGCGAACUUCAUUUUUGAAUUCAUAAGAUAAAUUUGUCCUUGUAGAUAACAUAAUACUUACCUACUUUCUUUUUUCUGUUAAGUUUGGCACAGUAUGUUUAUUGUUAAUUUUCUAGUAUAUCAUCCCUUCCACUAAAUAUUUAUCAAACUCAUUUAUAUAAAUUUAGAAAAUACGAAUCCUACUGAUCAGUUUCUUAUUAUGACAAUUAUCUAGAUAAUUUUGAAUCUUUCUAGUACUCAAUUUCUUUGUGUUGAAUGUGAUACUUUGUAUAUUUUUAUAUGUAGGUACACAAAUUGUAUAGAACUCUUGUGCAAUAGAUCCUGUCAUCAUCACUAGCGAGCCACACCAUACGAACUUUGGAGUAAAAUAGCUGUGCACAUAAGUGUUGCAAUAUGAAGAGUUAUGUAUUAAAGCUAUUUUUUCAGUUUAGCCAGAACAUAAAUAGUGUAAACAUGCUUUUUUAACUACCUA